GCAAGCGGCGGGGACGCCAUUACUACCGUUGCGUUUCUCUGGUGUGCGCGGCGUCUUAGAUCUUUCCGUUUCACAGCGCCGGGGACCGGCAUUGUUCUACCUUCUACCUCGAUACUUCGCUUUUUUGCGUCACGUCUGACCAGUCGCGUACGAUUCUAUUGUCCCGUGAAUUCCACGCGGAACCCUUCGUACGUCGAUACGCUGUCGUGAACAGUUCAACGCAGGUUCUUGUACGAGCCGCAAAAUGCCGGGUUUUAGCAGCGUUGGCACAUUUAAAAUCUUCAUUGGUAAUUUAGCCGAUAAGACCUCGAACGCGGACAUAAAGCCAUUGUUCGAGAAGUAUGGAAAAGUCGUGGAAUGCGAUGUGGUAAAGAAUUAUGGCUUCGUGCAUAUGGAAAAUGAAGAAGCUGGUCGAAAUGCGAUACAAAAUCUGAAUGGACACAUGGUUCAUGGUCAGCCGAUAAAAUGUGAAGCUGCAAAGAGUCGCAAGGGACCCAACACUCCCACGACGAAGAUCUUCGUGGGAAAUCUUACAGAUAACACUAAGGCGCCGCAGGUUCGCGAACUGUUCGCUAAGUACGGCACCGUCGUUGAGUGCGACAUCGUGAGAAACUACGGUUUCGUUCAUCUUGAGGCAACUGGUGACGUGAACGAUGCCAUCAAGGAGCUGAAUGGUCAGAUCGUGGAUGGACAACCGAUGAAGGUCCAGAUAUCUACUAGUCGAGUACGACAGAGGCCAGGCAUGGGGGAUCCGGAACAAUGCUACCGAUGCGGACGAGGCGGUCACUGGUCGAAGGAAUGCCCCAAGGGAGGGAUGGGAGGUGGACCAGAUAGGAAUGGAUACAGGGACCGAAUGUUUGGACGCGAUCCAUAUCCUCCACCGCCGCCACCACCGUUCCUACGGGACCGGCUCAUGGGUGGUGGCCGCUUUGGGGAUUAUGAAAGCUACUACGACAGACGCGGCUUCGAGGACACCAGGGACCUCUACGAGAGGCGGUUUACGGGUAUGACAGGGCCCAGUGACAUGGGUUCUACCAUGUGCGGGCUAGACUUUCCACCAAUGACAAUGCCACCUCUACCACCAAGACGAGACCCAAUGCCUCCUAUGCCUCCUCUAGGUAUGGGAUCCAUGCGUGACACUGGCUUCUCCCGUGGUAACGAGUAUGGAAUGUUCAGCCGCCGAUCACCCCCUCCAAGUGGCAACAACGGCCGGUUCAGUAGAGGCAUGUACGAGGACUUCAGCCGAGAUUCGUUUGAAGAGCGUAGAACAAUUGGCACCGCGGAUGAGGUGGUCGCGCACGAGCUAGCAUAUAGCGCGAAUAAGUCGCUUCAUCAUGCAUACACGGAUGUGGAAUACUAAUUCUUCCUCUAUAUGUGUUAAAACAAGGGAACACUGGGAAAUAAUAUCGAAUUCCGAUAUAAGCCUGCUACGUACCCUUCUCACGUGUUAGUAACAGUACGAGAUGAGUACCUGUUUUGUACAUUUUUUUGUACGUGAUUCACGUGUGUUUUUGCAAGUUCUUAUUUUUUAAUAAAUAUUAAAAUACGUGCGAACGACGUCUCCUUAAAUUGUGACUGAGAAUUCAAUCCUUUUUCUAGCUGGCUCUCUCGAACUAGGCUGUUUGUUCGUCGAAAGCGAUUGUAUCGUUUGUAGAUUGAAACUCUAACUGAGAAGAAGAAGGAGACAGUCUUCCCAUCUUUAAACUCAAUUGCUUAUAUAUAUAUUCAAAUAUGAUAUGUUUAUUACCUAAUUAUGAAUAUUGUAGAUAUGUAUAUAUUUACAGCAUCAAUCUAUUGACACGACGUUCACGCGUUCUUCCUCUUCUCGGUUAAUCUGUUGUCCCUAUUCCAUAAGCACGGAGGAAAGAUUUGCAAUCCUUUCGCCGCAUUCACAUCUUUAGUAGUGCGAUUAUCGUUCUCUUGCAUAAACUUCCGAUUAAAGCCAAAGUUAAAGCUGUUUCCAGAAGUAUCAAGCGGACACGGAAAUGUAAAUAGACGAGGGAGUAAAUAUAUUCCUCUUUUUUUUUUGUACAUCUUAAGUCGAUUUUGUAUUAUGGUAAUACUCAUAUUGUUAUGUACCAGUCAAACUUGCAGACUCAGAGGUUGAGCAGGUCUACAAAAUCGGACUUUGCUGAAGAUCGCUUUUCCAUCCUACCAACGGCAAGACACGGAGGCGACCGGCCACGAUCUGUAGCUUAUACGCAGUCACUUCUCCUUCCCUCCAAAGUUACUUUAAGAGACAUCGUGCAGAAUCCUCGGAGAUAACCGAGCGAGUCUCUCUCAGAGUGACUUUGGAACACGAAUGUGUAGAACCAGGCACGCUACUCGAUCAUCUCUCCAUACUGAGAUGUGGUGAGCAAACUGCUGUCCGAUGCUAUUCGAUAAUACGUAGACUAUUUCGAAUCCGGAGGAGUUUGAUCGGUGCAUAACAAGUGCGUCUACGCCCGUUAACUUUGGCUUCACCGGGAGACCUCGGCGCAUGAUCGUCGACAGGAACUUAUACAAGAUGUCUCAGAACCACUAACAUCCAACAAAGCUUAGUCGAAAAGUCUACUUUCAAAAGCUUCAGAAAAUUAAUGUGUCUUUGGCUCGAGACAUUAGUUUCAUCGACAUAUAAUACUGGAGCAUGUGGUGAGAUCUCUUUAAUCUUUCAUUUUGACGAACCUAAGAGAAAAAGGUAAAUAUAUGGACAUGGAACUCUUUUUCUAUUAUUGUCUUAUUGAUCAAGUUUUGUUUCAGGAAAGAAAGAACAGUAGUGUAUUCUACCCAUACAUUGUUCCAUCUUUUUCUAGAUCUGUCAAGAUGGUUUCGAUGCUCCGUCCAGUACUAUAUGUCGAUGGUUUUUAAGUUAUUUAAAAGAGAUGGAGAGAUUAUUGAAGAUAUUUAAGUUUAGUAUUAUCAAACAUUACAAAUAAUGCUCUCUCAUAACUGGUUUUGAGACAGUCUUAUUAUAAAUUACAGCCCAUUCCUUCCUUUCUUUUUUUUUUCGUAUUGUUGGCGCAUAUAUUUAUCCCUUCGCAACUAGCUACCCACUUGGGUGUGGAUCCCAGACCCGCGAUACGUAUGCUUGACGUACUUGACGAGGCUCGAGGUACGCGGGGAAUAAGAAAAUCUGCGAUACCGAGUCGCGCGCGUAUAGCACACGCGUGCGGGAUAAAAGACUCGGGGAGCAUGGAGUCGUCACACCGGGGAGCUUCGUCGGAUAUAUUCGAUACGCGAUGUAUCGCUGUAUUGCAAGUACAUACUCCCUCUCGAGGAUUACGGUAAUGUCGGUGCCGCCGGACUAGUCGUCGGAUAGCGAAGGUCUGCCCGAUGGGUCGGCAGCCUCGCUCUCGUAGCCCAUACGUGGACGUGCGAGACUCCGGCUCGUCGUCGUCGUCUUCUUCGUCGUCACAUCGCCGUCGUCGUCAGCUUCGUCGCCGCCCUCGCCGCUGCCGUCGUCGUCGCCGUCAACGUCGUCUAAUAAAGUCACGCAGCUCGAGUUGCAAAACGGUUCGGGACACACGCUGGCCGCCGAGAAGCUCAACGAGAUGACAAGUUCCGAGCCCAGUCUGUAGCUAGAUCGCUGAGCUACAUUUCCGGACACGCGCCGGCACAGACCCUCGCAGGCGCUUAGAAAGAUUUAAAAAAAAAAUGUACCCAGUCCCUCUCGGCAGAGUUCUCACUAGAGGCACGUGGAGAUCGUGAAUCGCCGAUCGGAUCCGUGCAUCGGAUUUUUGAGAGACACGGUCGGCACAAGAACCCGGAGAAAAACAUAUGUACAUGUAUAUAA